AUGGCAUUACAAGGUAACAGAAACCUCUCCAUAGAAGCACAAGGAAAUGACGUGUUUAGCUCUAAACAUGAUGAUGAUGGUCGCUUAAAACGCACAGGAACAUGGGUUACUGCGAGUGCUCACAUUGUGACUGCUGUUAUUGGAUCUGGGGUGCUAUCUUUGGCAUGGGCCGUGUCUCAGUUGGGCUGGAUUGCUGGGCCUUCCAUUCUGAUGGUCUUCUCAGUCAUCACUUUCUUCACUUCUUUUCUGCUCACAGAUUGUUAUAGAUACCCUGACCCUGUUCAUGGAAUGAGAAACCACAACUAUAUGGAGAUGGUGAAGAAUAUUCUAGGAGGAAUGCAAUACCGGUUUUGUGGAUUGGCUCAGUAUGGAAAUCUUGUUGGAAUAAGCAUUGGAUACACCAUCACCGCAACCAUUAGCAUGGUGGCCAUCAAAAGAUCCAAUUGCUUUCGUAAGUAUGGUCACGAGGCGGAAUGUCAUGAAUCAAAUUACCCAUUUAUGAUUAUCUUUGCGGUCGUACAGAUUUUAUUAAGCCAAAUCCCUGACUUCCAUGAACUUUCUGGGCUCUCUGUUGUUGCUGCUGUCAUGUCUUUUGGCUAUUCUUCCAUAGGCAUUGGUCUAUCCAUAGCCAAAAUUGCAGGAGGAAACCAUGUCAAGACAAGGCUUACAGGGCUCAUUGUUGGAGAAGACGUUACAAGCCAGCAGAAGCUAUGGAAUACUUUUCAAGCAAUUGGGAACAUAGCUUUUGCAUAUGCCUUCAGCGUAGUAAUUGUUGAGAUACAGGACACAUUAAAAUCAAGCCCACCAGAAAAUCAAGCCAUGAAGAAGGCAACUCUCACUGGAGUCACAAUCACCACACUAUUUUAUAUGUCAUGUGGGCUUCUAGGCUAUGGAGCAUUUGGGAACAAGGCACCUGGUAACUUCUUAACAGGAUUUGGUUUUUAUGAACCAUAUUGGCUUGUUGACCUUGGCAAUGCUUUCAUUGUUGUUCAUUUGGUUGGCGCCUACCAGGUAUUUGCACAACCCGUUUUUCUUCUUGUGGAAAAUUGGUGUGGAAAGCGUUGGGAAGAAAGCAAAUUCAUGGCAAAAGAAUAUCCAGUGAGGAUUCCAAUGGUUGGCAUAUUCAAAGUGAAUGCGUUCAGGGUGAUAUGGAGGACAGUGUACGUGAUAUUCACUACGGUGAUUGCUAUGAUACUACCCUUCUUCAACAGCAUCGUGGGUUUAUUAGGAGCAUUUUCAUUCUGGCCCUUGACCGUGUAUUUUCCAACAGAGAUGUACCUGACACAGGCUAAAGUGCCCAAAUUUUCUAUGAUUUGGACAGGGAUGAAAUUGCUUAGUGGGUUUUGCUUGAUUGUCACUCUUAUUGCUGCAGCUGGAUCAAUUCAAGGAAUCAUCGUAGACCUUAAAACCUAUAAGCCAUUCAAGUCUAUUUAG